AUGCUGGCGCAUUCAACGCAGGAAGAAGUCGGGCCUAUUCAGUUGCACCUAUCGAUUUUCUACAAGGGCAGGAUUUUUGAGGACAGUGAGGGAAUUACGAAUGCUGAAGAGACAGAGGUGCGGAUCGCCACAGGCCCUCACAGAGUAAACAAAACAAACAAACAAAGGGAGCUUCAGUACAUUUUGCAAUACCCGAUUCCACACGUCACGGUCAUUAAUCCCCAGGUGCAUCCUAAACAGGGCAGUAACUCAUAUUUUAAAUGUCACACUAAAGGUGAUAAAAACACAGUUGCCAGGUGGAGUGUGCAUGUUUCCUCUUGUGACGGCCUGCUUGCAGGGCACGUGGUCCACGUUGUGGUCGUUUUCACCUUGCAAUACCCCUUCGUUCCACUGCUCAUGUAUUCCACAGUGUUUUUGCCACUGACCACGGUGAUGGUGUCUGGGAGUGGCCAAUCCAUUACCCUUCGUUUGUUUUUAAUAUGUGGUUUUGCUGCAACUGGUGCUGUGACAAAAACGAUGAACACAAAACGUAACGUAUGA